AGAGAUACGAAUAUGAGAGCACUAAAAUAUAGAUGGUCAUCGGGUUAGCCAUAAGACAACAUGCUGCUGGCUCAACCCAUUUUCUUCUCUCCCAACUUUCCCACUCUCACCAAAAAGACAAGUUUUAGAGCUUCACUUCACCCCCACAACAAUUUUCCUCCUCUCAGAGUUUCACCAACGCCAAAAUCACUUGGUGUGAGAGCAAGAAUCAAAACUCUGUUCGUUCCGUUUCAGAAAAAGAGUGGUUUCCAAAUCUGCCAUAGCUUGAAGAAAGAGAGCGAAGUUGGUGGGAAUGAUGGAAGAGACUGGACAACCUCCUUUUUGCUCUUUCUCCUCUGGGCAGCACUCAUCUACUAUGUCUUCUUUCUCACCCCAAACCAGACCCCGUCAAGGGAUUCAUAUUUCCUGAAAAAGCUCCUGAAUCUAAAAGGGGAUGAUGGUUUCAGAAUGAAUGAAGUGUUAGUAUCAUUGUGGUAUAUAAUGGGCUUGUGGCCAUUGGUAUAUAGCAUGCUUUUGCUUCCUACAGGAAGAAGCUCAAAAAACAGUAUUCCUGUAUGGCCCUUCCUCAUACUUUCUUGUUUCGGAGGUGCAUAUGCACUUCUUCCUUAUUUUGUACUUUGGAAACCGCCAGCACCUCCUGUUGAAGAAACUCAGCUUAAAACAUGGCCCUUGAAUUUUCUAGAAUCAAAAGUAACUGCAUUGAUAUCCCUUGUUGCAGGGGUAGCCAUCAUAAUUUAUGCUGGUUUAGCUGGACAAGAUGUGUGGAAAGAAUUUUACCAGUACUUCAGGGAAAGCAAAUUUAUUCAUAUUACCUCCAUUGAUUUUAUUGUACUUUCAACAUUUGCACCCUUCUGGGUUUACAACGACAUGACAGCACGAAAAUGGUUUGACAAAGGUUCUUGGCUUCUUCCGAUAUCAUUGAUACCAUUUUUAGGGCCUGGUUUAUACCUUCUCCUGCGGCCAUCAUUAUCAGCAGAGGCCAUUUCGCAAACUCCUGUUGAACCAGAGUGAAAUUACAUUUGAUGACUGCCAAUAAUACAAGUGCACACGUUCUAGCAACAAAAAUAUAUUUGGUUUCAAGUUUGGUUCAAGAAGAUAAUUUCUUUCUACACAGUCUACAACCAACUGACAUUACCUACAUUUUUAUUAUUAGAUGGGAUCCAAUUUCAAAGAAAGAGCAUUACUAUUUCUGUGACAUCACUUAGCCAAUCAUAAUCAUUGUGCUCAGGUAACUCAAGGAAAAAUUCCAUUUUAAGGUCCUUCAAAGUGAUUAUUUCAACACUUUUUUUUUUUUAUCUUUUUUAUUUUAUUUCAUUCAUACUGUCUACAAAUGAUUGACUCCUAAGCACAAUUUCAUUCUCCCAAGUGGAAUCUUCUGCAGACUUUCCAGCCAACUGUAUUAACAAAUCCAACUUGGAUUAGAACA